UGCCCGUUUCCUUUGCAGUCAGGAGUGGGUCUGAUCUCGCCAUCGCAUUUCUGUCCAUCCAGAGGCCGAGAUUUCGGUGCAAGAAAAUAUAGGGCCUGGAUCUGGGCUUUUCCAUUACAAACUCCGCUCCCGUCGAGGCCGGCAGCCCCCGGGAGAACUGCAGACCUAGUGUCGGUCCCCAGACCCCCACGGGCUAAGAGCAGUGAUCCAGACUCCCCUGUGCCCGCUGCACCGUGCCUUUCGCCAGGCUCCUGGGAGGCAACUGCGAAGGAACCCAUCCUGCACAGCCAGCCGCAGCCCUGCUCUGCUGUCCUGUGCCCCUUGGCAGCCUGGCAUCAUGGCUGCCACUGCGCUGAAGCCCCUCAUCGCCGUGUGCCAGCUCACCUCCACGCCCGACAAGGAGCAGAACUUCACCAGCUGCUCACAGCUCAUCCGGGAGGCAGUGCAGCGUGGCGCCUGUGUAGUCUUCCUCCCCGAGGCCUUCGACUUCAUUGGCAGCGACACGCAAGAGACCCUGAGCCUGGCUGAGAGCCUGGAGGGGGCCCAGAUUCAGCGCUACGCCGGCCUGGCCAGGGAGUGUGGAGUGUGGCUGUCUCUGGGCGGCUUCCACGAGAGAGGCGAGGACUGGGCCAGCACCCGGAGGAUUUAUAACUGCCACCUGCUCCUGGACCCCACUGGGCACAUCGUGGCCACGUACAGGAAGACCCACCUCUGCGACGUGGAGCUGGAAGGGCGAGUGUCUAUGAAGGAGAGUAAGUUCACCAACCCUGGGCCUGAGAUUGUGCCGCCUGUCAGCACCCCUGCUGGGAAGGUCGGCCUCACCAUCUGCUAUGACCUGCGUUUCCCAGAAAUCUCUCUGGCGCUAACCCAGGAGGGGGCAGAGAUUCUCACCUACCCAUCAGCCUUCACGAUGACCACAGGCUCUGCCCACUGGGAGGUGCUGCUGCGAGCCCGCGCCAUCGAGACCCAGUGUUACGUGGUGGCAGCAGCUCAGACCGGGAAGAACCACGAGCGCCGCACCUCCUACGGCCACACCAUGGUGGUAGACCCCUGGGGCUCUGUGAUUGCCCAGUGCCAGGAGGGGCCAGGCCUGUGCUAUGCAGAGAUCGACCUGGGCUACCUGCGCCGCAUCCGCCGGGAGAUGCCAAUCUGCACCCACCGGCGGGCUGAUCUGUACGGCAGGGUCACUGUGCUGAAGAAACCCCUGCCUCCCUGAGGGGCUGCCCUCCCCCUAGGAAAAUCUGCCACUGCCAAUCAAGCCCUGCAAUGCUCCAUGAUCAGGAGGCAAAGCAGGGAGCAGAGACUCCUCCUGGUAUCACCCCCCUCACCCCCCCACAGACCCAGUGAUCAGUCACUGAUUCAUUUAGCAAGGGGAUGAAUGGCUGAGAUGGCCAGAGGCGCCCUCUAGGGGACAGCAUGGAACUGCAGCACAAUUCCUGCUCCAGCUGGUGCUGCCUUGUCAGGCCCUAGCGAAAACUGAGCAUUUCCCAGGGGUAAAGGGAGUAGCUCCAGCCGAGCCUCCAGCUUCUCCAGGCAGCGGCCGCCCUGUGGGAGGAGCAUUGGCUGUGGGCUCCAUCAGCAGAGCAGGCAGAGGGAAGAAACGGAACUGAGGCGGCUGCUGGUAAAACCCCAACUCGGUGGAGAGGUUCCCGAGGAGGCUGGGGCUGAGGAAGGGGUACAUGGCUGAGCUGCUGUCACAGAUCAGGUCCCCUCUCAGCAAAUGCUCGAGCUGCACCAGCUCCUGAGGUGUCCUGCCUGCUGCCCUUAACACCACUUCCUUGCCCUAAAACUGGCCCAUGGGUUCUUCCUGCCACCCUGCUGGAGGGGGGCUAAAUUCCCAGCAUGGGGAGAGAGGCCAGUGCUCUCCAGCUUGGCUAGUUCCCUGUCAUUUAUAACUAGGUAGGAAGUUCUAAGAGGGUGUGAAGUCCCUGCUACUUCUGAGCAGAUAAGGUGGGCCUGGGUCCUCCCUUGGGCCUUGGCAAAGGAUGGAUUGGCCUGGGCUACUUCACUGUUAGAGCUCAGAGGGUCCUGGAGCAGGGAGGUGCACCCUAGUUAUAGGCCCUGCAACACUGCUGAGACCUUCCCCCUCCCCAUUUCCCUUUGACACUCACAUGUGCCAAGAUUUUUAGGUGAAAAGCUCCAUGUUAGCGUGAGACCCAGGUGGCUGGUGAAAGGACAAAUGACAGUAACUGAAGUCACGGGCAGCCGAGAGGGCUGAAAAGCGGCCACAACCCUGGGGUGAAGCAAGAGAACUGGAUCAUCUUCCCCCUGUACCUCUCUCCCCCAGGCUCAGUAUCCCCUGCCUGCCAUUAUCUCCCUGCUGCAGGCAGCCAGUGCCUCCCUAGCCCUGUCCCCUAGCCCAGUGCUUCGUGGGGGCACUGUCUUGCACCUAAGCUACUGUCCCUCGUGUGUCACUUUCUUCUCUGAUUCCACUGGCCCUAUGGGGAGUGAGGCCCAAAGCCCAACAGUUUAGGAGGAAACACAUUCCCCUUUCUCAAGUGUUUAGAGCAGAAAUCCUGGCUUAUCUUCCCAGCUUGUAAUGACUUCCCUGGCCUCUUCUACAUUCCCACCAGGGAGCCUGUCUGUUCAGGCAGAUGCACCCAGAGUGACACCUUCAGGCUGGUACUUCUGCGGUGGCCCUCAGGUUUGCAUCUAGAAACCAGGGCCAAGGCUGGAUUUCUUCCUAGAAGAGCGUGAGGGUUAAGUCAAGUCAUAAUAGAGAAUUGUGAGUUGACAGGAGGGAGGGUCCAGGCCUAACCUGGCUGGGUGCAUUAGCUGAGCCAGUGCAGUUAAUCAAGGCCCCACUUACAUCAUCUACAGGCUGAUCUAACUCCAGUGAGGCAGUUCAUGCCUGUUGGAGCUAGUGGUUCAGGCCGGCUGCAGACUCCGGCAGACAUUGCUAGCUGGUUUUGGUGCUGAAUUCAGCAGGGAAGAGGGGCAUUUUCUAGCCAUGCAACCCACAGGGCCCCUGCUACUCAUGGAUCCUUUUCCCCAGCACAGCAUCUUUCACUGAAGUGCAGCUAUGACACAAUGAGGAUCGCACCUUUACGAAAGAGGGGGAACAGCAGCCCCACAGUGAGGGCAGCCAAGCACCCCAUGACCCAGCAGCAGCACGUCAGGUUAACGGCGCUCUGGGGCUUAGUUGGGAUCUGA